CAGGUUUAUUGUUAUGUCGGAGAAUAGUGUGAUUCAACCAUCUGACCGUAGAGGCCAUAAAUCCAAAACCGGAAUACUGGGACUGGAUGUCAUCCAGCAAUCAGCCAACCAUAUCGUUCGGCGAUUGGUUUGGUUAACGGCGUUAACGACUUGUCUCGUUUUGGCCGUUGUUCACGGUGCCAGUCUGAUCCAGCGCUAUCGCAGCUAUCCGACGCGCGUCCAACUUGACGUCUCCAAUCGGCAAGGCAUUGCGCUUCCGGCCGUGACUGUCUGCCCGCUCGAUCGAUUCGACGUCAACCGUUUGGAACGGCUGUGGCGCCACACGAUUGGCGGCCCUGCACAAGCUCCGGAUGCCACGGACCAGUAUUACCAACUGGCUGAUCUGUUGCCCGUCCAAGAAUUAUGGCACAAGAUCGCCUACUCGGACGCUCAAACUCUGUUCUCUGUGUGCUACCUCGGCCGCGGAAGAGACUGUCAAAGCGAGGGCACUUUCCAAGCUGUGUGGACUCCAUCCGGAACGUGCUUCACUUAUUCAAGUGAACGGAGCACGCUAAGCGGCCAUUUCAACGGCAUUUACGCCCGUCUUCGCAUCGGCCACCAACUAAAUGAAUACACCAAAUCAUCCGGCUGGAAGGUCACCGUACAUCAAGUGGGCGUCUCUGCCUGGCUGACGUCGUCCAGGCAAUACGCCGAGAUGACGACGCGCUACAAGCCGUUCACGAACGGGACUGGCGGCGGAACGGUCAAAUCUCAGCACAUGAACAUUCGAUUGACACCUAAAGAAUUUAACAGCAUCGAUCAUCCCCGUCAGCCGUGCAGCUCGGAGCCCUGGAGCCGGGCCGAUUGUGAGAUUGAAUGCUUCCAGCGAAUCGUCACUUCGAUCACGAACUGCAGGCUUCCUUAUAUGACUGACGAUCGAGUUCCUUAUUGCAACACGAGUUCCAGCGUCAGACGGACGGAGGAACUAGUUGCCCAACUCAUUACGGAAACUCGCAGCCAAUUAAAAUGCAAUUGCAUCGAAUCUUGUUCCAAGGUUGUUUACAUGUACGAAAGUGAAUCGCAUACAGUAAACACAGAAUACGGCCGGAUCAAAAUAUUUUAUGAUACGGCUCUAUGGGUGACGGUGAACGAAGUCUUUCUUUACACUUGGGUCAAACUCCUUUGCGACGCUGGAAAUAUUCUCUGUUUGCUGUUGGGCGCUUCCGUCCUCACUUUCUUCGAGAUUGCCGAACACAUGGUCAACCGACUGAUGGCUCUACGUCUCUGUUUCGAAUAGAAACAAGUCGUGCUGCUGCAUCGCCUCUGUCCCCGGACCGUGGAUCAACACGAUUUGUUAUCGACUGCGAGUGUUCAAUCGCAGUUUCGUGCUCUGUCUUGUGUUUGUCUAAGGAAAUCCAACUGUAUAGAACUUUGGCCUUCUUUGACGCCCAUCGUUCUCCAAACCUGCUGACGAACAGUCUAUCGAUUUCGGUGUCCGUUUUGACGGAAGUCUGUAUUUGUUUGCACGACGGGAAUCGUCAAAAGCGGACGCACAUCCGCCUCCCCAUUUUCAUCGCCGCUGUUUCUCUUGCCAAUAACGUAAACAGUUGCAUUGACGACUAGUUUCGGCCCAGCAACGAAGAAUAAGUGGCGGGUGGAUGCAAGAGGCCGCUAAUCUAUUCAAGAGGGAUCCCCUUUCGCACAAGUCCCGUCAUCCACAUCCGCUACUCCAUAUAACCAAUUAUGAUACCCGUCAGGAAACAAACAUUUGGAUCAAUUUCCCUCGUCUAACGAAGAUUAUGGUGGGGGUCUUAUGGCCGUGCUGUUUGGGCCGGUAUACAUGAGCCCUUAAGUGUCGAUGAAUUGUUUUGUUCUGCCUCCUCCUCCCUUAAACAAAAAAGGUUUUUUUUAUUCUUUCUUUCUUUUGAAAUACUUCACUUUUCGCUAAUUUCGAGUCUGCAUUGCGGUAUAAUUAGCAAAGGUGGGGAGCUGUUUCGCUAAUCAUUAGAACCACUUGUGCAUGCGUUGGUUCCAACACUUCUAGAAAUUGGGGAGAAACGUUUUUGGAUUGCCAACAAAUGGGGUUGGAUAUUUUAAUACGAGUUGUCCGUUCAAUUAAACUCUCCUCACUGGGGGUGGGCAUGAAGUUUUGUAUAGCUGCAAUGUGUACAAACGAGUUUAAUCACGUCCAUCAGCAAAACCUGGAAGUGCGUAUUCACAAGGGAAACGUGAUAGAGACGAUCCAAUUAGUCAGCCGUCACCAUCAAGAGGUUCGCUAACGAGACACCACUUAGACGUUAUUGACUAUGCCAACGGCUGUUUGUUUAUGCGUUAAGAGAAAAAGACGGACGUCCUUCGCGCUUUCCGAUGCUGUUUCGACUUAUUUUUAGUCAUGUCAGACACGGAGUGAAGAACUGUUGCCUGUACGGUGAACUUUUAUGCUUUAAUUACAAUCUGUCGUUCGUGAACUAUUGAACUGUUAACGCAGAAAAAGACUUCCUAUGGAUGGUGGUCGGGAAUUGAUAGGAUACACGAACGCCAUCUGUUGUCUGAUGUAUGGAUUAAGCUUUAAUUGUGCUGCGUGUCACGAACUGAAGCAUUCCACUUUCAAAAGGUUUUACUCUGUUCGGCUCUGUAAUGUUCUAAAUUAAUUGACAAGACCUCGGUUCUGCUGAUGGUGGCGCGUGGAACGUUCUAGGUUAUUUUCGUGUGUUUUUCCUGUUUUCGUUACUGAACCAAUGUUUCUCCCACGUCUUUUCCUUUCCGGCCAGAGCCCUUCAAACCUCGAUCUAUGUUAAUUUUAUAUAUACCGUACAGUACGGUCAUGACCCCAUACGGGCUGUUAAAUAGAAAUUAAUGUUUCAUCAGAUGUGGCCUAGUGCGAGGGAAAAAGAGAGAAGAAAAAGAAGAUAUACAUCAUCUAACGGUACAUAAAGAGUUAAACCAAGACUCCUAAACCAGCUGACUGCAGCUGGGUGCCUAAAAGUUGCAUUGAUAUGGCCUAUUUGUUAGGAAUUUGAAAUGUGUUCAGGGUGGGGUGGAUAAUAAAUGAUCAGUGCGUUCCGUUUUAAACAUUCUUUUGGCUACUAGUUAAUACACGGAAAUUUACCAUUUUUUCGUA